AUGGCAUUUCAGCUGCGGUCCAAACGAAAGCUCGAAUCCGAACCACAGACAGAAUCGCUUUUUAUUCUCGUCCGAACGUAUUCGGUUACGCCACUACGGUUUUGGAACACGCACGGCGAGGAAGCCCGUCAAAGUAUCCAGAAAAGCGCGAGCUGUGCGAGAUGUUUCCCCGUCUUGUUGGAAACACACUGUUCUGAGACGGACUCGUCGACGACAUAG